UGACAUAGGUGAACUGUGUUCCUCAUACCUAAUCGGAUUUCGCUGCGUAUUUGGCUGUCUGUACACACGUCUCACUCACGCACACCAUCUGGGCAGGCAGCUAGCUAUGUCGCCCUCGGCACAGCUCCGAUUUGCACAAAGGCACAUACCCCAAAUCCACGCUACAGUAGCUGGCAGUCACGCCAUGGCUACCGGGCUGUUCAUCAGCGGGGCCCUCUCUGCCUCUGAACAGACACAUGACGAAUAACAGCUGCACACACUCACCCCCCUCCCGCGCGUCACUUACGUGCCCUAGGUAGGUCUUCUGCACACAGCAGCUCGGUGCCGGUGCCGCCCACCAGCCACACGCGAUAGAGGCUGUAGGACACGUAGAGUGUGUAGACGCUGCAGACGCAGACAGAGGGAAGGGAUACCAAGGAGAAUCUUUUCUGACUGCCCCGCCCCAAUGUGUGUGUGCAUUCACGGCGCACAGGUAUAUCGACAGUAGCGAAGGCAAGAGGACCGCCGCGAUGUAGAGUACCUCGAUGAAUCUGUCCAUCGUUGCUGCGUCAGUCUGCAGUGCAUGACGCACACAUGGUGGAUACCAUUACACAGCCAGCCAGCCAGCCAGCCGGGCGUGUGUGUUCUGUUCCUGGCCAGCCAUUUAUCCAUGGCUUCUCACCUUAGCGGCCAGCGUAAGGCGCAGAGGAACGACGCCCGCGAAGAGCAGGACGCAGUAGACCAUCAGGACCAGGCUCAGCAGGAGCAUCAACCCCUGACACCUGAGGAAACAGACAGACGUCCAGGAAGGGUGUCGUGGCAGUGGAAGGGUGUCGUGGCAGUGUAUGGUCUCACCCACCCCAUGUAUACGCAGAGUGCGAACGCCUCCUGACACAUCGCCGCAAAGAUGCCCACAACCGAUAUCACCAUAAGACCAACUGCAGUGCACACACAUCCACAGCUCAUGCAAUGCAGCUCGAGACCAGCCUGGUGCGGCGCCCUCGCUCACUCGCGAAAAGACGUGUGAGCGGGCCGAACAUGAAUGCGACGAGGGCCGCCGCGCAGUGGAGCAGCGCCAGAAAGAUGACGCCCGACCGCAGCGACAGGCAGAAACAGCAUCUGCAAUGUAAUGGAUCAUCAACGAAAGAUCAUGCUGCCCUUGCGGCUGUGGUAACGUCGCUUUCCAACCUGCUAGUCGUUCGGAUCUUCAUCAAGCGGCGCUCUUAUUGGGUGGAGGGACCCUUUAUACGACGGAUCUUUCCUAGAAUGCCCUCUUUUCG